AUGGACCAAAUUAAACCUGUAAGCACACCUCUUGGUCAACAUUUCAAGCUGUCCACUACUCAAGCCCCUCAAACUGAAUCUGAAAUGGAGUUUAUGCACCAAAUACCUUAUGCUAGUAUCGUAGGAAGUGUGAUGUAUGCAACGGUCUGUACAAGACCUGAUCUUAUCUAUGCUGUCAGUGUUGUGAGUAGGUUUAUGAGUAACCCUGUUAAGGCACACUGGCAGGCUAUUAAGUGGCUAUUAAGAUACAUUUCAGGAACUACUGUUUUGGGCUUGAAAUAUGGGAAUAAUGUUAAAGAAGGUUGUGAAUUGGAAGGGUUUGUAGAUGCUGAUUAUGCUGGCAGUGUGGAUACUAGAAAGUCUCUAACAGGAUAUGUUUUUACUGCUUUUGGGGGGGCUAUUAGUUGGAAGUCAAAUUUGCAAUCUGUUGUAGCCUUAUCUACAACAGAGGUUGAGUAUAUAGCUUUGACAGAAGCUAUAAAGGAAGCUAUAUGGUUGAAUGGGAUAUCACAUGAAUUGGGUAUAUUUAAAGGAAAUAUAACUAUACAUUGUGAUAAUCAAAGUUCUAUACACUUGGCUAAAAACCAAGUAUUUCAUGAAAGGUCUAAGCAUAUAGAUGUUAGGCUUCAUUUUGUAAGGGAUGUAAUUGAGUCUAGAGAAGUUAGAGUGGAGAAAAUUCCAAAAGAGGAAAAUCCCUCAGAUAUGAUGACUAAGUCCUUGCCAUUAGCAAAGUUCAAACACUGUUUGAACUUAAUUAAUAUGAAAACUGUUGGGGUCCUUUAG